ACGAUUUGUUUCUUGUUCUGGGGUGAUAACUAUCUUGACAAUUAGUGUUAGCUCAUUGGCUCAAAGGUUUUUCACUUCCUACAGCUCCUACAUUCAACUCGUCUUGUGCAACCUGUGAAAACUGUCCAUUGGCCACCUCCUAGAGUUAGCACCACAAUGUCUGGGAAUCCUGCUGUGGUUAUGCGCCUGGUGGCGUCUGCCUACACUGUGGCUGAAAAAGCUGGAGCUAUUGUGAGGAAGGUCCUUCACAGUGGAGAACUUGGCAUUGUGGAAAAGACUGGCGCUAAUGAUCUGCAGACACUGGCAGACAGACUAGCACAGCAGAGCAUUUGUGCUUCACUGUCCAAACGCUUCCCUAAAAUCACCAUCAUUGGUGAAGAGGAGCUUCCAGCUGAGGAGGUGACUGAAGAUCUCAUUGAAAAUGGCCAGGCAGAGGAAAUCCUUCAGAAGAGCUGUCCAGCAGAGUAUAGUGGGCUGAAAGAGGAGGAGCUAGUUGUGUGGGUGGAUCCUCUCGAUGGCACAAAGGAGUAUACUGAAGGGCUCCUGGAUAACGUGACAGUGCUUAUCGGUGUUGCAUACGGAGGCAAACCCAUCGCAGGCAUCAUCAACCAGCCUUUCUACAACUACCAGCUUGGAGCAGGGGCAUCGUUAGGAAGAACCAUAUGGGGAAUGCCGGGAUUGGGAGCCUUUGGAUUUCAGCUGCAGGAAGUUCCAGGUGACAGACGCAUCGUCACCACCACCCGUUCCCAUAGCAACAAGGUGGUAACAGACUGCGUAGCUGCCAUGGAACCACAUGAAGUUGUAAAAGUGGGUGGUGCAGGGAACAAGGUAAUCCAGCUUGUUGAGGGCAGAGCUACUGCUUAUGUCUUCGCCAGUCCAGGAUGCAAGAAGUGGGACACUUGUGCUGCUGAAGCAAUUCUACAUGCUGUCGGAGGUAAACUGACUGACAUGCGUGGAAAUCCAUACCACUACGACGCUAAUGUAAAGCACAUGAACUCUGCCGGGGUUCUUGCUACACUACGCAACCACGAGUACUACGUCAGCAGAGUACCACAGUCAGUACUGCAAGCCCUAAAGUCAGAUUGAGGUCUGUCUCAAUCAGGAGUCACUAAUGUCCCUCUGUGGAGCAAAACAAAAAUCAACAUUACGCUGUAAAUAACCAGUUCACACAUGCAGCACACUUCUUUAUGUCAGGAACUGUCAUCAA